GGAGCAGACUCUCUCAUGCGCAUCGACCCGAUCCCGAGGUUGCUUGCUGCACCUGAUAAGCUGCACACUGCUGGCCGUAACCUCUCUUACCGGGGAACAUGGCUAAGUUUCACAAUUACCUUUAUUGUUUUGUUGCGGAAUAACUCACUAUGAACGUGUACUGGAUGGUGCUCUUGCGAUACCCAUUUAACUGCAGCUUAUAAUAAAUCCGUAAACUUGUUGGACCUUUCCGUUAUAUUUUCACACGCCUUACAACGGUUUCUUGAGAAAUUUUGCGGCAAACGAUGAAGGAUCAUAAUGCGACCUGACGCCACAGAUGGUCCGAAGCUGGGCCGCGAUAUUAAGGUGCUUUUAGCCAAGCAGAUGCCAAAUAAUCUGCAAGUGGGUAGAGGGGAGAUGCCCUCUGUGGAACCGGAAAUUAUCUCCACUGAAACUAACGCAACCGAGCCAAUUAGCGAAGCUUUGAAAUCUCGUCAUAAUUCCUCCGCACCUUCAUCAACUGCCAGCACGGUGCCAGCAUCGAAAGCCAAAUCCUCUGUUGCCGGUCAUGAUUCACUGGUGCCUUCCGUCGUGGUAAUUGAUCCUAAAGCGCCAGCACAGCCUUUAACAGUAUUGGAAAGUGAUAUUGAGGAAGAGUACAAUGACGAUGAUGAUGAUGACGACGGUGUGGUCAAGACCGUUGACGGCGUACCGGUGGAUUCUCACGCAGCGGGUGACAAACGUCGCAACAGUGUGUCCAGCAAAUCCAAAUCGCUGGGGGAGGUGCCUGCCGCGGCUGGUGCAGCGGCCAAAGCCAGGGCACGGAAGUUAACCGCUUAUGAGCAAGUGUCUCAAGAGCUGGCCAAUGAUAAACGCACAUUGAAGGAAAUUACACUGGGUCGGCGAGUGGGGUUCUAUCGGAUACGGACCGAGCUUGGCUCCGGAAAUUUCUCCCAAGUGAAGAUGGCUGUACACGCACUCACGAGAGAAAAAGUGGCCAUCAAGAUUCUGGAUAAAGCGCGUUUGGACCAAAAAACUCAACGACUUGUGGCCAGAGAGAUCGCCAACAUGGAGCGUGUUCAUCAUCCCAACAUUGUUCGCUUGUACGAAGUGGUCGAAACUCUGGCGAAACUUUACUUGGUAAUGGAAUACGCCGGUGGAGGGGAGUUAUUUGCCAAGAUUACCAACGAAGGUCGCCUUAAAGAGCCCGACGCUGUGCCUUUAUAUGCUCAAGUUAUCUCCGCAAUGGAUCAUCUGCAUUCAUUAAAUAUUAUUCAUCGGGAUCUGAAAGCCGAGAAUGUCUUCUUUUCUGGACCAAAUACAAUCAAAGUCGGUGACUUUGGAUUCAGCACAAUUAGCCUUCAGGGCCAGGCCUUGACUACCUUCUGUGGCUCACCUCCGUAUGCCGCACCGGAACUCUUUCGGGAUGAAAGUUAUGAAGGGCGUCCUGUUGAUGUUUGGGCCAUGGGAAUUAUGUUAUACUUUAUGGUCACCGGCAUGCUUCCGUUCCGAGGAGAAACCGUCGGCAAACUAAAGAAAGCUAUACUUGAAGGUGUAUAUUCCGUCCCGACGUACUUAAGUGUCCAGUGCAUUGAGUUAAUUUCGGCACUACUACGACCCGUCGCAGCCGAUCGGCCAUCCGUUCACGGUACACGCAGAUUCCAGUGGAUGCAUGGUGCGACGUACCCGGAUCCGUUAAAACCAUUCACUCUCAAUCCUGAUGACAUAAUGCACGAUAAUCUAACGGGCGAAGAACGGCAAGCAAGAAAGGUCCUAAAAGAACUGGGAAUAACACGCGACGUCAUACAAAAAUCCAUGGGUAAACAAUCGCGGUCCAGCAUUACCGGGACUUACCGGAUUGUACUGCAUCGCAUUCAGAAACAAGCCUUAGGGAUCCAGUAUGAAGAAUAUGCAACCAAUGGAAACGACAUGACCGAAUCUGCGCCAUCAGCGCUAAACACGGCGGGCAGUGCACCCUCGUCUGGCAAAGGAAACCGCGGGGGAAGAGGAUUAAAAAUAAAUCCUUUAUCAACAGGGAAUCGAGGGUUCCCCGGCGCUGGUCAAGGCAAUAAGGUGUCCAAAUUGUGCACCAUUCUUUGAUUCUGGCCGCUGGCUAUGCAAGGUCCGCAAUUUAUGCAAGUAACACAACAGCAAAAAAUUCGGCCAACAGCGCCGAUUCGCUUCACUUGAAUGCCUUCCGUCCCCGGUUGAUAGCCAGUGAGCCACGGACCUGUCGAAAAGUAUGCUGUCUUGCCUUCUUGUAGGCGAAUACAAACGGGUGACCGCGUAGCAGUCGGCACAUAAAGUGUAUCACAUUUACCAAAUCGCUUUAUUAGAUAACAGCUGGAAAGAAUGUAUUCUGGCAUUUAUGUAAAAUUUAAUUCUGUUAGAUUGAAUUGGGUUGCUCAAUCAGAAAUGUGGAUACUACUAGCUAAUUAAUUAUCAUUGUUAAUACUCCUAGCAGUGUUCGGUGUGUUUUCAUCAAGAAAAGUUUGAUCCAACUUGUAAUUAAUUUUC